AUGUCCGCCGUCGUCACCGUGCCGACUCCGGCUCCGGAGAAGACCAAGCUGGAGAAGAAGCCGAUCAAGUUCUCCAACCUGCUCCUCGGAGCCGGCCUCAACAUGUUCGAGGUCACCACCCUCGGCCAGCCCCUCGAGGUCACAAAGACCACCAUGGCUGCCCACCGUGGCGACGGCUUCAUGUCCGCCCUGGGCCGCAUCUGGGCCCGUGGUGGUGUGCUAGGCUUCUACCAGGGUCUCAUUCCCUGGGCCUGGAUCGAGGCCUCCACCAAGGGAGCGGUGCUGCUCUUCGUCGCCUCCGAGGCCGAGUUCUACGCUCGCAGCGCGGGCGCCUCUGAGUUCGUCGGCGGCAUCACGGGCGGUGUGACGGGCGGUGUGGCGCAGGCCUACGCGACCAUGGGCUUCUGCACCUGCAUGAAGACGGUGGAGAUCACCAAGCACAAGAUGGCCUCGUCGGGCCAGAAGGUCCCCGGCACCUGGGCCACCUUCAUGGACAUCUACCGCCGCGAGGGCAUCCGCGGCAUCAACAAGGGCGUCAACGCCGUCGCCAUCCGCCAGAUGACCAACUGGGGCAGCCGUUUCGGCUUGUCGCGUCUGGCCGAGCAGGGCAUCCGCAGGGUCCGUGGCAAGGGCGAGGGCGAGAAGCUCACGGCUGGCGAGAAGAUCCUGGCCUCGGCUAUGGGUGGUGGUCUGUCCGCCUGGAACCAGCCGAUCGAGGUCAUCCGCGUGGAGAUGCAGAGCAAGAAGGAUGACCCCAACCGCCCCAAGAAGAUGACGGUUGGCAACACCUUCAAGUACAUCUACCAGUCCAACGGUAUCAAGGGCUUGUACCGUGGUGUCACCCCCCGUAUCGGACUGAGUGUCUGGCAGACGGUUUGCAUGGUUGCCUUUGGUGACAUGUGA